CGUUGAAUACCACGCGCCGGGUAAGUUUUGUCGUUGUUGGUUGGUCACGAAGUUCUAGAUCUAGAAAUGGCCGAUUUUUCACUCAUCGAUUGCUGGGCGAUAUACGAAUUUUUUUUGCUUUCGCAGACUUGAUUCUUCCGCCAGAUACCAUGGCAGAGGCGACCCAAAAAAGGAGGCUGGAACAAGGAAAAGAGGAACCAGCAGGCUUGGAUUCGGAAUGGAACAAGAGAAUGAAAGAAAGGCUCGAACGGAUCAAAAACAAGAAGAUGAGAGAUACGUCGAUCACGGUGAUGCAACGAGGGUUAUCUUUUAGCAACACAAAAGACAAUAAGCAAACCACGAACUUCGACGAGGAAGGAAACAUCGUAACAUCGGGUGCGGGACGCAUUCGAGAAGAACUGAGUCAGGAGAACGGUCGAAUCGAAUUCCUGACCGGGAAAGAUGCGGGAACCGUGGAAAUUUGCGUUCAAUCCAUCUCGGCUAGUCCAAAGAGACCUGCCCGGUUACACGUGAUGGUGAAAGACGAGGCGUCCGACAACGAGUUCGACGACGACGAUGCCUAUUAUGACGACGACGAUCACGUCUCGGACAGCAAAGCAAAUACGAAAAAAGUAAAGGAUCCAGAUCACUUGGAACACAGGGAACUCACUCAAACAAUGACUCGACUGGAGCGAGAUCUACAAUCUCUACAGAACCGGAUUAAGGCUUGCAUAAACAAUGCUGAUUUCAACAAAGACCAAGAGCAUAAAUUCCACGAACAAUCCGUUUCCAUGAACCGAGCCACCAAAUACUGGCCCAUAAUCCAGCUUAUAGUGCUGAUAUUGACGGGGUUCACUCAAGCGAACCACAUUGUGGGGUAUCUGAAGUCUCAUCGUAUCGUAUGAUGAGUUGAAGGAAUGCGGACGAUAAAGUCGUGCAGAAAAG